AUGGUAUCUAGUGCAGUUAAAUGUGGCAUAUGUCGCGGAGUUGAUGGUAAAUAUAAAUGUCCUAAAUGUGGCGUACGAUAUUGCUCCUUGAAAUGCUAUAAAGAUGCUGCAAAGCAUGUUCAUAAGGAAAGCGAACAACCCAGGGCUGGUACAGAAGCUAAUGUGGAAGUUGUUAAUAACGAUAAGAUCAUAAACAGUUCACUCGCAAUGAAUAAAACAUUAAAGACGAAGGCAUUCGAUGAUAUAUAUCAAAAUAGCGCAGAAUUGCAAGAGCUGUUGAAAUACAACACGGUGAAGUUCCAUUUGGCAAAGGUUUAUAGAAUUUUGUCCAGUACUGUUAACGAUGGAAGUUCUGGAAAAAUGAACAGCGAUCUACAAAAAGAACUAGCUGUAAAUUAUUUGAAUACAUUACGAUAUGGUGGUAUACAUUAUAAUGAAGCAAUUGAGGAAUUUUGCCAGAUUUUAUUAGAUAAAUUAAAUGCGGUGAAGAAAUAA